AUGUCACAGUUCGAUGAUGCUUUUUGCCUCCAGAAGCUUCAUAAACUGUCUAAAAAUGUCCGGCUCUUGACUCUGGAGGAAAACAAGUCUCAGUUUAUUCUGAUUUUGCAGGCGGGGAGGUUCAGCUUCAUUCAUCUCAUCAUCUACAUCGGAUCAACGCUGUCGUACUACGCUCUGACGACCGUGCUGAUCGACUGGCUGAUUGGAACCAGCUGUUACUCCGCAGAAGUCGGACAAAACUACUCGGAGAAGAAGGUGGAGGCGGUCCAAGACAAAAAGAAGUGCAUCCUGUGUGUGUCCUACGUCGACGAGAACAACAUUCGCCUGGUGAAGAGAUCUCAGAAGAAGAGUUUACAGGACGUGAAGCCGAUGUUGGUUCAACCUCGAGAGGAGAACACAGGACACCUCCGAGCCGUCUUCUCUCUGCUGCAGCCAGACACCAUCAUGGAUCCCAAAGCCGAGCCUCUUCUCGCCCCCUAAACCCGACCCGAGCGGCAGCCCCCGUCGUCCGUCCUGGUGUAAGUGUGACCGCUGCCCCGCCUCCUCUCUCCCUGUGGAGCAGCUGUGUUGUCGUCAUGGCGACGGCGCCUGCAUCUCCUCGUCUCCUCUGUUCGAGCGGCUGGUGUUGAACCGCUCGCUGCUGAGUCCGUGCUUCUGUACCGAGACCCUCUGAGCCCGCCGGGUGACCGGGGUCAGACCGCCGCGCUGCGUCACUGCGCCUACACGCAGUACGUCAGCUGGAGGAUCGGACUCACGCCUGAAGACGCUCACGGUGUCGUCCCCGGCUGCUGCGUGAGGAGAGUCAGGGAGGAAUA